AUGGCUACUGCGAAAAGAGAGAGAGAGAAAAGACUUCUGACACAAAGCCGUGUACCAUACACCAAUAUCAUAACAGGAUUUUCGCGCUUCUUCCAUAGAAAUUUUAUACCUGUAUUCUGCGAACAGGAGAACAAAAUCUAUUAUUUUUUCGUUAACAAGGUCAUCGACAGUAGAUUUACAAACUCCCAUUUUCGAAGAAUAGACAACACAGUGGAAGCUCGUGACUUUUUGGACGUGUCAGGGGAGAUAUCGCUGAAUGUAAAGAAUGGGAAGUUGGAUAUCAGUGGUGCAGGAAAAUAUCUGCAGGAUAAGUCACUGAAGGAAAACGUCGUUGAAGUAUUGGUCAAAGUCACACAUGAGACAUUUAUGGAAACAAUUCCUUCAGAGGUAAAUCCUGCACCUAGAUGGCAGGAAAAGGACAUGGAUGGACGUAUAACCCACUACGUUCGCAGCAUAACCUACGGUGGCGAAAUGAUUAUUACUAUUCGAUUUGUUGCCAAGAGUUCGCGAUAUCUCGACGAAAUCAAAGCCAAAGUCUCGGUGGCGAUUAGCAUAGGUGAUGUAAAAGGUUCCUUCGAAAAAUUAAGUGAUGACCUGAAAGAGGAGUGUUUUAUAGAAAUCGAUACUUCUGCUACAAUUCCGGUAACUUCACCAAUAACAACAAUAAAGGAGGCGAUGGAAAUGGUAAAACAAUACCCGGAGGAUGUAAAAAAGGUGAACAAUGGUUGGGGUAAUCCGCUACGUGUGGAACUUUUUCCUGUUGCUGCUUUGGAGAACACGAACAAAGAAAGUUAUCGAAAGAAUAUGGCUUUUAAUGCUCUUCUGGAUGAGCUUGAGACCAAGUUUGAUGAUAUCAGAGUAACCAAUUCAGAAUUUCAGAAGUUUUUAUCGACUGAUCUAGAAUUAUCAGACGAACAGUGGGAAGAGGUGUCAGAACUUUAUGAAGACGUGACAGCAGCACGAGAAGCGAUUAUAAAUGCCAUCGAAGAUAUGGAUGUUUCCAAUAAAGGCAAUCUAAGCCAGUUCGAUGAUGCUUUCAAAACGUAUGGAACAGGAGAAGACAAUCUUCCACACAAGUAUAUUCGCAAGUUUUCUUCUCUCAAGAAUAAGCUUGAUAGAAAACCGUCUCAGUCGGAACUGAAACAUGGAGAUGGGGCCACAUACGUACACUGGGGGAAUACGUCUUGCGGAGUUUCUUCAUCCGUUUUCCUCUACUCGGGGUAUGGGGCUGGGCCGCUGCCUUUCAUUUCUGGAGGUGGGGUUAAUUUCCAAUGCGUGCCUGAAAAACAGGGCAGUAUCAGUAAAGAGCGUGUAAAUCAAGACGACCCUUUUUUGCUGACAAGGUUAUCCUAUCAGUUGCAGGAUGAACAUCAAUAUACACUGACGUGCGCAGUUUGUUAUAAGCAGCAGACUCUCCAAGCUUACACCUUUCCUGCCAUGAAGGAAUGUCCACAAGACUGGAAGCUUGAGUACAAAGGUAUCUUGGUGACACCCAAAGCUCCAUUUUUUCGUACUGACUCAAUAUGUCUGGCUGUGGGUAAUGAAUCGGAAACGUAUCAAAGCAGCGAGGACAAAGCAACUGUUGUUCUGGUCCCUGUAGGAGCCAAACCCAACGGUAGUUUAAGGGUUCAACGGGUGCCUUGCGUUGUCUGUUCCUUGUAAGAAAAAAAAAGAAAAAGAAAUGUAUGGGCAAAUUCCAAGGUCAGGUCGAAGGUUGAAUGUGCACUAGUUUUCAUGCUUGAUUUUACUAUGACUAAUAAACGCUCAUACAGUUAGUAAUUAUUGACCCGAA